GUGAAUCUCGUCAUCAUGGCAAGAACCAAACAGACCGCUCGUAAGUCCACUGGUGGAAAAGCCCCGAGGAAGCAGCUCGCUACUAAAGCCGCCCGUAAAAGCGCCCCCGCCACUGGUGGCGUCAAGAAGCCUCAUCGUUACAGGCCCGGUACCGUGGCGCUGAGAGAGAUCCGCCGUUAUCAGAAGUCCACUGAACUGCUGAUUCGCAAACUGCCUUUCCAGCGUCUGGUGAGAGAAAUCGCUCAGGAUUUCAAGACGGAUCUGCGCUUCCAGAGCUCCGCCGUCAUGGCCCUGCAGGAGUCCAGCGAGGCUUAUUUGGUCGGUCUGUUCGAGGACACCAACUUGUCUGUAAUCAUCAUGUCUGGAAGAGGUAAAGGCGGUAAAGGACUCGGGAAAGGAGGCGCUAAGCGUCACCGCAAAGUGUUGCGUGAUAACAUCCAGGGAAUCACCAAACCCGCCAUCCGUCGUCUCGCUCGCCGUGGCGGUGUCAAGCGUAUCUCCGGUCUGAUCUACGAGGAGACCCGCGGUGUGUUGAAGGUGUUUCUGGAGAACGUUAUCCGUGAUGCCGUCACCUACACUGAACACGCCAAGAGAAAGACCGUCACUGCCAUGGACGUUGUGUACGCGCUGAAACGACAGGGACGAACUCUGUACGGCUUCGGAGGAUAAACGACUUGAUUCUCAUCAGACAAACCCAACGGCUCUUUUAAGAGCCACACACACUCUCACAUGAAGAGUCAAUGUUAGAACUGUAGUGAUUUUUAGUUUUAAUCACUUGUUGUAAAUUAUGAGCAAGUUGUACCUUUAGAAAGUUCCAGUAUUUUUGGAAACGGGAAUGAAAGUCACGGGUUAGCUGCAGUUGAUGAAAAAUUAAGACAUCUUCUUUUUCUCCCUGAAUAAACAUGAAUUACCAAAAAUCUGUGCUGUUAGAUUAUUACAUAUUACUCACAUUAUGUUCAAACACAUAAUUAUAGAUUGUUUCUAUGUGCGCGUGUCCGUGAUAUUACAGUCAUUUUUUUAU